CAUAAUCUAGUAGCCUCAAAUUUUUAUAGUUGGAUAAUCAUAGCCACCAACACAUACUAAUUUAUGUUUAUUUUACCAUUUUGGUCAGUGGACCAAUCGCAUACUUUGGUGGCAACCUUCGUAAUGCUUUCCGAACCAGGGUGUAAACAUGCAAUUCAGAUGAAAGAUGUGAUGUAUGCUAUUCAGGAUCUAGCCUUGGAACUACAUGACACACGACAAAAUCUUGACGCCUUGGCCACAAAGAUGGACAAGAGCACACGCACCGAUGGUGGAGCGCCAUGCUCCAGCAUCGGCCAAAGUGAUUGGAACCCUACGAAUGAUAAGGGCUCGGAAUACACAACGUGGUUCUAUAAGGUUACAGGUUUUUGUCACGAUGUUUGGAUGUCCAUUAUUGAGAAGGCAAAAGAAGAGUUGUCGCAUAAGCCCAUUGAACCAAUCGAGUCGACAAAGGAGGAAAUUCGCAUGAUAAUGUCUACUCAUGCACCUGAGCAAAAUAGGUAUGGCUCCUCACAAUAUGAUCCCCUAGAGGAUGUUAUGGGGGUAAUGCCCGAUUCUAUUUCUAAUGGUGUUCCUUUUGUUGUGGUCACUAUUGUUCCAUGCGACGAUGUUGAGAAGGUCGACCAUCACUACAACUACUCUAUCCAAGAGAAAGUUUCCAGGAACAAUGUGAUCUUGUAUGGAUGCAUAGAAAAAUUUGAAAUGUCAGGCAGUGGAUUUGUCCUUAAUAAUUCUGAAGCUAUUGCAAAUGAUGGUUUAAAUUUCAUACCGUUGGUUACAUAGAGUUGUUCGAUUGGUAUUGGGAGUGCUUUAAGAUUGACGGGUUCUUUUGCCGCUUCCCGAUGAUAAAGGUGUUUGAUCCUA